ACAAUUAUUUUUGCUGCAAUGGCCGGUCCCGCGUUUCAUGGUGGCAGUCUAAGUGGCAGUCCGGCGUUUUGAAGAGGCAGUAUGGGCAUUUUGAAGUGAGCAAUCGAGGAAUGUAGACUUGCGAUCCGAUGUUUUUUUUUAUUGGAAUCCGAAAAUGAUUUGUUAAAAAAAGUUUGGGUAGGGUAAAGUGCGUAAAAAAUCUUGAGUUUUUUUCUUUUUAAUUUUGUAAAACAAAUGUGAGGGUCACUGAAGAUUCGGAUAAGGAGCCAUACCGAUUACGGUAUAAAAACUGGUUAAUGUUUCUGUAUUGAUGGUAAUAGAGCCCUACUAUAAUUCGAAUCUGCCAAAUUAAUUAUCAUGUGAGCCCCAUAUAACAUGGACAUGAUGGAUGGGGAAGAAUUUAUUGAUGAUUUGAACUAUGCAAGGAGCUCAAUUGAAAAGGAAUUUGAUAUCCAUGAUUGUGAUCGACCCACUCAACUGGGUCGUGGUACUCAAGCGCAUCUUGGACAAUUCCCUGUCCUUGACAAUGAAAUAGCACAUAGCAUCAAAGUUAGAUCCAAACCAAGUGACAUGAUAAGUAGGAUUACGCGUGCGAAGGCCAGCACCUAUGUUUCGACUGUAAAAAUGCUUCUUGGAAGGGAAUCUAAUUAUUCUGGAAAAGGGAGGUUCUCUUCAGCAGAUUGUUGCCAUGUACUUAGUAGAUAUGUUCCUGUUAAUGGCCCCUGGAUCAUUGACAAGACAGAAAGCAGGGCAUAUACUUCACAAUUUUCGGCUGAUGGUACCUUUUUCAUUACCGGGUUUCAGGAUAGGAACAUAAGAAUCUAUGAUGUCGAUAAUGGAUGGAAAGUUCAGAAGGAUAUCCGUGCGAAGAAUCUGUCUUGGACUAUUACUGAUACAUCCCUUUCCCCUGACCAACGUUUUCUUGUUUAUUCUAGCAUGUCACCUAUUGUUCAUAUUGUCAAUGUGGGGACUCCUGGAACACUGUCAAUUGCAAAUGUCAAUGAGAUUCAUGAAGAAUUAGACUUCUCUGGCAAUGCUGAUGGGGGGCGCCGAUUUUCAAUCUUCUCUGUCAAUUUUUCUUCUGAUGGGAGGAAGCUUGUAGCGGGAAGUAAUGAUCACUGCCUGUAUAUUUAUGAUAUGGAAGCAAAUAAACCCACAUUGCGAAUUUUAGCACACGAGGAUGAUGUAAAUACUGUAUCAUUUGCUGAUGAAAGCGGCAAUCUUAUAUAUUCUGGGAGUGAUGAUAGCUUUUGUAAGGUUUGGGACAUGCGUUGCACUUUAUCAGGAGACCGUCCAUCUGGGGUCUUGGUUGGGCAUUUAGAAGGCAUCACAUUCCUUGAUAGCCGCAGGGAUGGCCACUACUUUAUCUCAAAUGGUAAAGAUCAAACCACAAAACUCUGGGAUAUCCGGAAGAUGGCAUCCAGCAUCAGGCGGCCUUCAUCAUUGUGCAGCCGCCGAAGAAAAUUUUCUUACAGUGAGUGGGAUUACCGAUGGAUGGACUACCCUGCCCACAGGAAAGAUGUAAAACAUCCAAAUGAUCAAUCCGUGGCUACAUACAGAGGCCAUAGUGUCUUGCGCACCCUCAUACGAUGCUACUUUUCUCCGGCUUCCAGCACUGGUCAGAAGUACAUCUAUACAGGAUCCAAUGAUGGAUGCGUUUACAUAUAUGAUGUGAUAAGUGGAGCUCUGGUCGGAAAAACUGCAUAUCAUGAUACAACUGUAAGAGAUUGCAGCUGGCAUCCUCAUUUCCCUAUGCUAAUCAGUUCGGGAUGGGAUGGCAUAGUUGCCGGCUGGGAAAUUUCAGAGAGAGAUCAAAUGAAUCGAAAGAAGUCACAGCAUAAGAAAUAGAGGCUACUUAUCCCAUAUAUAUGGAGUUAGUUACAGGCAUUUGGGCAUGGGAGCUAUUGAUGGUUUAGAUAUCUCGGCAUUUCAUGGCUGGAGUUACAAAAGAAAAUCGUGACCAUCCUUUCAAAUUGUGCAUUUUCCUUGUGAUUUAUCUGGUGUACAUAGGUGGAGGAAUUACGUGAACUUGUAUGGGAGGAUCAAGAUUUGUAGAGGGUACAACUGCCUCUUAUGGUCCAUCUUUCACUUAUGUUGCUAUAAAUAUGAGGGGAUCGAGAUUCUAAAGGUUGCAACUGCUCCUUCUGUUCCAUCUUUUACUUGUGUUGCUACAAAUUAAAUAAAGUUUGAAUGUCCAAUAUGGCUAUGGAAUGAACAAUGCCUUUAAGGAAUGCAAUAAUACUACUUUGGUUAAUAGCUAGCCU